GGGAAGAUGUUUAUGGGCAAGGAGCUUGAGGAAGGAGAAAUGUAACCCGCCUGGCAGCCUUCUUAGGGUACGGGCUGUGACCCCAAGCUCGGUAAGCGGCAGCAAGUGUACUGGUGUAGUCUCUCGAGAGCCGGGAGACUACAGAGAGACGUGAAAAGGAAUUCCCUGAAUAUCUGUUAUUCCUGGGGUUCGGCCCUCACUGUUGGUCGCUUAGCCGAGCUCUCCUCAGUUGUGACUCUAGAUCUUGGCAUCUUGAGAUGGCUUCUCCCUCUAGACAGCCCCCACUUGGGGGGUCAGGGCUGUUGCAUGGGAGCCGCACUCGUUCUUAUGGAAGCCUGGUACAAUCAUCUUGCUCCCCGGUGAGAGAAAGACGCCUGGAGCAUCAGCUGGAGCCUGGAGACACCCUGGCUGGACUAGCACUCAAAUAUGGGGUGACGAUGGAACAGAUUAAACGGACAAACCGCCUUUAUACUAACGACUCCAUCUUUCUGAAGAAAACUCUCUACAUCCCCAUCCUGACAGAGCCCAGAGAUCUAUUUAAUGGUUUGGAUUCUGAGGAGGAAGAUAAUGGAGAGGAAGAGGUACGGCUAAGUAAGGAUGGUGGUGGUUCACGUUCAGCAAAGAGGAAGAAUCAAGAGUCAGGUUCAGGCCCGGCCAACGGCGAAGCCCUCCCACCUCACCAGGAAACCUCCAUACCCAUCCAUGACCUUUCUGCCUCUGAUUUCCUUAAAAAACUCGACUCACAGAUCAGUCUGUCCAAGAAGGCUGCUGCCCAGAGGCUGAGGGAAGGGGAAAGUGGGAUACCGGAGGAGGGCGCAGGUCUCCACCUCAGCUCCCCUAGGAUGCAGCAGCGAGCAGUCCUCGGUCCCGUGCCACUGACCCGGACCUCUCGGGCCCAGACAUUGCGGGAUCAGGAAGAUGAAAUCUUCAAACUCUGAUGUCCCAGAACUGAUGAGAAGCAGGGUGUUGAAGGGAGGGCUGAGGGGGAGGAGGCUGAGGCGGGGCUCAAGCAGGGCUUCCCAGCCUGCUUCACCCCUCUCUGGCCAUCUUGCCCAGCCUUUUGGUGGAGACUUCCUCAGCCGGGGAUACUUUCUGGCAAGAGUGGGGGAUGGGAACAGAGCUCUUCCCAGUUCUGAAUCUAGUGCUCUCCUUUAGAUUCAAAGGCUCCUUUACACCCUUGCUGUCCCUUUCACCGUUUCCUGGUUAGAGCAGGGCAGCACAGACCCUCCCCCAUCUCUAAUGAUGCUACCUAAUUUAUUUGGUGCUAUAUUGAAGUGAUAUUUAUUUGCUAGAUCUAACUCCUUCCUCCUCCUAACUGAAAAAUGUGAUUUCUGUGUCACUGAAGAGAUGGAAAUCCAGGGAGAGGGCUGGCUGGCUGGCUGCCUGUCUUUCCCACCUCCCUAGCCGAGCAUGUUACUGAGGCCAGGAGAGUCGGGAAACUCAUGCGCUGUCUUUCCCACUCAAGGUAAAGGAUAGGGGCUCGGUCAUAACUGAGCAACUCCCUGGGACCCUUUACAACUCUUGGCUCUGAGGAGCAGCAGUGGGGUAGGAUGCUGCCUGCCUGAGCUCCAGUCCAUCACCCACCUUCCGCUCCUCUGCUUGGCCUGUGGUGGGGCCAAGGGGUGGAAGAGGAGGCCUUGGGGUUCGAGGAGGCAGUUGCAGAACAUGUUCCCAGCCUGUCUAUGCCUGGCUCCUCACUGCAUAUUUAUCCAUAAUCUGUAGCCCUGGAUCUGUCGUAUGGUUUGUCUUUUGUUCCUUAAGCUGAAGAAUGUGUGGCAACUCAGUACUUCGGGAGUCGCCCGACUCCUGCUCAGGAAUGGGGGACGGUGAGGCGAUUGUUGUUUCCAGACCUCUCCUCUACAUCCAGUCUGAGUACGGAGCUAGAGAUUAAACAGUGAGCCCUGUGCA